UCUGGGACAGAUGGCUCCUUCUAAGGCAGCCCAUCCCCCUGGUGGACAGUUCUCUCGAAUCUUGACAGAAGUCCUCUGGACAACUCACGUCCUCUCCCUGUGCUCAUCCUGCACUGCAUGAAGCUAGGCAGCCUGGGGACCUGCAGUGAACCGGACCUGGGGUGACUUAACCUUGAAGCCUGGAGGUCAGAGCCCACGUCUGCCCAGGGGUCAGGGCCAGCUCACAUCAUGUGGACCCUGGUCAGCAUCCCUGGGGCAGUCCUUGACAAGGCUGCAGGUCUUAUCUUGCCCUCCAGGGGGAGACACUGCACACAGACAACACUCAGGAAACAGAUUCCCCUGGUCAUGAACCUGGCUUUGCUAAGGAGGUGAAGGUAGAGCCCACUUUCCAUCCCUUGCUCCAAAACACCCUUCUGGGCCCUCACAUGUACCUGCUCUGUCCCUUCCUGGGUCCUCCGAGGACCCUGUUCUGUGAGGGGUCCCUGUGCAGCUCCCCAUUCCCUCCUGGCACCACCCGUGGGGAAGGUGUGGUGACCACAGGACAAUCAGCCUCGCAGAGGACAGAGACCACCCAGGAUGGUCAGGGAGAACAUGGACAGGUCCUGAGCCUCAGCUCAGCCAACAGACACGGAGAGGGAGGGUCCCCCUGAAGCCUUCCCCAAGGACAGUAGAGCCCAGAGCCACCCACCUCCCUCUAUCACAGUCCUCUCUUCCCAGGACACACAGGACACCUCCCCCUCCAUAUCCAGGAGCUGCAGCUCCACCUGAGACCCCUGGGUCAGAGACCAGGCUGGUGACACUAGAGACAGAGGGCUGUUCCCUCCCCAGUCAUCCCCCAGUGAGCCCCUUUCCAUCCCCCAAAGCCACCUCUGUCACCUUCCUGCUGGGUGCCUUCCUACCUUCCCAGCACACUGGAGAGCAUGGGGAGACCUGGAAGCUCACUGUGUCGCAAAGGAAAUAAUUACCACAUUUGGAUAUGCCAGGGUUCUCUGUGUGCUGCUGCCGGACCCAUAGCCAGGACACAAUAGAGGUCAGUGCUGGAGAGGGGGAUCCUCCUCCCCUGAUGGGGACAGAGAUCCCAUCACCCUUGAUUCUCAAAGUGUGGUCUGGGAAGCCAAAAUGUAGACAGAAAGGAAAGAGAAAGUAAGGACAAAGAGGCAGGAAUGAAAGGAGAGGAAACAGAGCUUCCUGGACAAACCCCGCCCCAGCACACAUGAUCAGACAAAGCUCUGGGUCCCAGGGAGGAGGCUCAGCACAGAGGGUGGAAAACAGCAGAGCUGACAGUCAGAACAGCCGUGCUUCAAGCGUUCCUGGAGCCCAAGCUCUCCUCCACAGGUGAAGACAGGGCCAGCAGCAGACACCAUGGGGCACCUCUCAGCCCCACUUCACAGAGUGCGUGUCCCCUGGCAGGGGCUUCUGCUCACAGCCUCACUUCUAACCUUCUGGAACCCACCCACCACUGCCCAGCUCACUACUGAAUCCACGCCAUUCAAUGUCGCAGAGGGGAAGGAGGUUCUUCUACUCGUCCACAAUCUGCCCCAGAAUCCUCUUGGCUACAACUGGUACAAAGGGGAAAUGGUGGACGCCAACCAUCGAAUUAUAGGAUAUGUAAUAUCAGAUCAACUAACUACCCCAGGGCCUGCAUACAGCAGUCGAGAGAAAAUAUACCCCAAUGCAUCCCUGCUGAUCCAGAACGUCACCCAGAAUGACACAGGAUUCUACACCCUACAAGUCAUAAAGUCAGAUCUUGUGAAUGAAGAAGCAACUGGACAGUUCCAUGUAUACCCGGAGACUCCCAAGCCCUUCAUCUCCAGCAACAACUCCAACCCCGUGGAGGACAACGAUGCUGUGGCCUUAACCUGUGAACCUGGGACUCAGGACACAACCUACCUGUGGUGGAUAAACAAUCAGAGCCUCCCGAUCAGUCCCAGGCUGCAGCUGUCCAAUGGCAACAGGACCCUCACUCUACUCAGUGUCACAAGGAAUGACGCAGGACCCUAUGAGUGUGAAAUACAGAACCCAGUGAGUGCGAACCGCAGUGACCCAGUCACCUUGAAUGUCACCUAUGGCCCGGACACCCCCACCAUUUCCCCUUCAGACACCUAUUACCGUCCAGGGGCAAACCUCAGCCUCUCCUGCUAUGCAGCCUCUAACCCACCUGCACAGUACUCCUGGCUUAUCAAUGGAACAUUCCAGCAAAGCACACAAGAGCUCUUUAUCCCCAACAUCACUGUGAAUAAUAGUGGAUCCUAUACCUGCCACGCCAAUAACUCAGUCACUGGCCGCAACAGGACCACAGUCAAAACGAUCAUAGUCACUGAGCUAAGUCCAGUAGUAAAGCCCCAAAUCAAAGCCAGCAAGACCACAGUCACCGAAGAUAAGGACUCUGUGAACCUGACCUGCUCCACAAAUGACACUGGAAUCUCCAUCAGUUGGUUCUUCGAAAACCAGAGUCUCCCGUCCUCGGAGAGGAUGAAGCUGUCCCAGGGCAACACCACCCUCAGCAUAAACCCUGUCAAGAGGGAGGAUGCGGGGAAGUAUUGGUGUGAGGUCUUCAACUCAAUCAGUAAGAACCAAAGCGACCCCAUCAUGCUGUCCGUAAAGUAUAAUUAUCCAUCACAAGAAAAUGGCCUCUCAGCUGGGGCCAUUGCUGGCAUUGUGAUUGGAGUAUUGGCCCUGGUUGCUCUGAUAGCAGUAGCCCUGGCAUGUUUUCUGCAUUUCAGGAAGACUGGCAGGGCAAGCGACCAGCGUGAUCUCACAGAGCACAAACCCUCAGUCUCCAACCACACUCAGGACCACUCCAAUGACCCACCUAACAAGAUGAAUGAAGUUACUUAUUCUACCCUGAACUUUGAAGCCCAGCAACCCACACAAUCAACUUCAGCCUCCCCAUCCCCAACAGCCACAGAAAUAAUUUAUUCAGAAGUAAAAAAGAAGUAAUGAAACCUGUCCUGCUCACUACAGUGCUGAUGUAUUUCAAGUCUCUCACCCUCAUCACUAGGAGAUUCCUUUCCCCUGUAGGGGUAGGGGGGUGGGGACAGAAAUAAUUUUCUCCUACUCUUCCUUCCUAAUAGGCACCUCCAGGCUGCCUAGUCACUGCCCCUCCCUCAGUGUCAAUAGAUGAAAAGGUACAUUGGGAGUCUGAAGGAAACCCAACCUUCUUGUCAUUGAAAUUUGGCAAAGCUGACUUUGGGAAAGAGUGGCCAGAACUUCCCCUCCCUUCCCCUUUCCCAACCUGGACUUGCUUUAAACUUGCCUGUUCAGAGCACUCAUUCCUUCCCACCCUAGUCCUGUCCUAUCACUCUAAUUCGGAUUUGCCAUAGCCUUGAGGUUAUGUCCUUUUCCAUUAAGUACAUGUGCCAGAAAACAAGAGAGAGAGAGAAAGCAAAGGCAGUAAUGCCUUCUCCUAUUUCUCCAAAGCCUUGUGUGAACUCACCAAACACAAGAAAAUCAAAUAUAUAACCAAUAGUGAAAUGCCACACCUUUGUCCACUGUCAGGGUUGUCUACCUGUAGGAUCAGGGUCUAAGCACCUUGGUGCUUAGCUAGAAUACCACCUAAUCCUUCUGGCAAGCCUGUCUUCAGAGAACCCACUAGAAGCAACUAGGAAAAUCACUUGCCAAAAUCCAAGGCAAUUCCUGAUGGAAAAUGCAAAAGCACAGAUAUGUUUUAAUAUCUUUAUGGGCUCUAUUCAAGGCAGUGCUGAAAGGGAGGGCUUAUAGCUUUAGGAGGGAACCAGCUUCUGAUAAACACAAUCUGCUACGAACUUGGGAAAGGAAUCAGAGAGCUGUCCUUCAGUGAUUAUUUAAAUUAUUGUUAAAGAAUACACAAUUUGGGGUAUUGGGAUUUUUCUCCUUUUCUCUGAGACAUUCCACCAUUUUAAUUUUUGUAACUCUUAUUUAUGUGAAAAGGGUUAUUUUUACUUAGCUUAGCUAUGUAAGCCAAUCCAAUUGCCUUAGGUGAAAGAAACCACCAAAAUCCCUCAGGUCCCUUGGUCAGGAGCCUCUCAAGGUUUUUUUUGUCAGAAGCUCCAAAUAGAAAAUAAGAAAAGGUUUUCUUCAUUCAUGGCUAGAGCUAGAUUUAACUCAGUUUCUAGGCACCUCAGACCAAUCAUCAACUACCAUUCUAUUCCAUGUUUGCACCUGUGCAUUUUCUGUUUGCCCCCAUUCACUUUGUCAGGAAACCUUGGCCUCUGCUAAGGUGUAUUUGGUCCUUGAGAAGUGGGAGCACCCUACAGGGACACUAUCACUCAUGCUGGUGGCAUUGUUUACAGCUAGAAAGCUGCACUGGUGCUAAUGCCCCUUGGGGAAACGGGGCUGUGAGGAGAAGGGUUAUAACUUAGGCCUAGCCUUUUUUAACAGCCUCUGAAAUUUAUCUUUUCUUCUAUGGGGUCUAUAAAUGUAUCUUAUAAUAAAAAGGAAAGACAGGAGGAAGACAGGCAAAUGUACUUCUCACCCAGUCUUCUACACAGAUGGAAUCUCUUUGGGGCUAAGAGAAAGGUUUUAUUCUAUAUUGCUUACCUGAUCUCACGUUAGGCCCAAGAGGCUUUCUCCAAGAGGAUUAGCUUGGAGUUCUCUAUACUCAGGUACCUCUUUCAGGGUUUUCUAACCCUGACACAGACUGUGCAUAUUUUCCCUCAACCAUGCUGUGCUGUGUUAUUUAAUUUUUCCUGGCUAAGACCAUGUCUGAAUUAUGUAUGAAAAUUGUUCUAUGUUUUUACAAUAAAAAUAAUAUAUCAGACAUCA